GAAAGUUAAUUUUCGGUUGAACCUUAAAACUGCUUAAAACGUUCACUGCAAUGCAUUUUCCGAAGACUCAAGAACGGAUCGACCGUAAUAUAUCUUGAAUUCGAUCAAAACGACUAAACAUUUGGGCCUUCGGGAUCAAUUAUUUCGCUUUUUCAAAGUGCAUCCUCGAACAAUAUUAUCAAACGCAAACGAAUUAACCAUAAGUGUGGAUCUUCGUAAGCGCAGAUACACGGACUGAACUAUUUAGGUCAGCGAGGAAUCGUGUUCUUUGGAACUGCGAUAAUAUCGCUCGAUUUUCCCGUCCAUACCGAUUUACUGAUUGUUAAAGCACAGUUUAAUGAUAAUCAUUUCCAAACGCGUAACGGACCGAGCGGAGGACAGAACGAGUUCACCGAAACUGUAGCAAUUGGCAGCUUUCGAAGCAGCUGUUAGUGGAAAAUGCAAGUGCGCGUCUCUGCUAUAUUUUGGCAGACCGACGAAUAAAACGCGCGACAGGUAGUCCCGAUUCCUCGAAGAUUUGUCGUACUUUGAGUACGUAGUGCGUUUACGUUCACCGAAAGUGAAUAACAUGAAAUCAGUCGCCUCUGUCCCCGAAACAAACUUUCAAGGCAUCGGGCGUGACAUGGCAGAGCGGCUCGAUUUGGGUCCCGAAAUUCGGGAACUCAAGCUCGGACCGACGUUCACCAACAACAGAUCGACGGCUUUUCACACCCUGAAAUAUGAUUUUAAGCCAGCUAGUGUUGAUGUUUCCAAAGUGGCAAGGGUCGAUGUUGGAGCUAAUAACACAAUGACAGUUACUGUGCCACAUUUGGAUGGUGCUGGAAUCCCUCACACAGUGUUCAAAGGUUCUCAAAGACCAUACCAUAAAGAGUGCGUUCUUAUAAUAGAUAGAGUUACAGGGGAGAUCACUUUGGAGAAAUUAACUGCAAACAUACAGGUUAAGAAAACUAGAACAGAACCGAAGUCUCAAUCACAUUUAGGAGUUCCUGGAGGAAAUAGUAGCAAUAGACCUAUUACUCCAGUUGAAACAAGAAGGAGUCCCACUCAUGGAAGGGCGACUGGAAGAACAAAAGUUACAAGUGGGAAGAAGAGAGAACCUAGUGUUCAGUUACAUCCAAAACAGUACAGUCCUCUUAGAGUUUCUCCAUAUCAUGGCAAAAGUCCACCUCCUACUUCAACCAAUAGUUCACCAGUGCAAUCAUCUGCUGCACCAACUUUGGCUAGUUUGCCAAUGAUUGGUUCUGAUAAUGAUGACUGCCCUUUGAUGCCAUCUGGAUCAUUCCCGACUAUGAAUUCUUCUGCACCUCUGAGAUCGUCUCCUGCUAUGAAUACUCAAUUAAUCACAAAACCUCCUAUAACUGUAGAUAGUGAUGAAGGUGCUCUUAGUGAUUCUACUACAAGUAGUUCUAGUUCAGAUAGUUCCGAUAGUGACUCUGACACUGAAAAUGUUCCAGUGUUGCCAGGAACUAAUGGACAUAUGAACAGCACAACUUCAUCUCCUAUAUUACUGAUGCCAGACAAUCUUUUAAACGACGACUUGCAACUAUCAGAUUCAGAAUCCGACAAUGAUUAAUGAAGUACUAAAAGAUCUUUUAAAGAUCAUUUUACCAAAAACAUUGUUUUUUUCGGGCAUAUCGAUCGCUAUAAUCUACCGAAAGAUAUAUGAAGAUAAUAUGAAAAAACUUGUUUCAUAUCACAGAAAAAAAUGUGUACAAUGAGUUUAAAAGCAG